CUGCUUUAAUAUGCAAUGAGCAGCAGAGCGGGCAGGUAAAACACGAGGUGUAGUUCUAGUGUAAGAGCUCUGGAUCAAAGUUUCAUUUGAUCAGCAGGGAGAUCAUUUAUUAGUAUUAUUACUCAUUUGUACUGCUGCAAGAAUCUACCUCUUUAGUGAUGGCGAGACGAAAUGGGAGGAAGAAGAACCAGCUGCCAGACCUUUACUAUGAGGGUUACAUGGAGAAGAGGUCCUUCAAAGAUAAGACAUCUCGGAAGCUGUGGACCUGCUUGUGUGGGACAACACUUUUUUUCUUCAAUGACAAAAGAGACGAAGAUUACGUAGAGAAGCUGGAUCUGUGUGGACUGGUCUCGGUGACGGACGACAGCAGCCCAGAUCCCAACUUGGACGCGGCCAGAUUCAACGUUCAGAUGACGAAGGGAAACAUCAAAUUUACUGCCUCAAAUGCAGAAUCUCGGGAACUUUGGAAGGGAUAUAUCCACUCUGUGGCUAAGAUGGAGGUACCCCUCACCCUGAACCUGCUGCCGGGUCAGGUCCACAUCCUGAGAGAGACGGUCCAAAAGGAGAAGGAGAGGCUGACAAAUCCAGAACCGAACCAGAGUCCUCCUGCUGCUGUCAAACCAGAAAUGCCUGCUUGCUACUACGAGGUGCCUUAUCUGGAGGCCGAGCUGCUGCUGGAGAGAGAAGCCAGCAAAGGAAACCUGCUGCUAAGACCUGGGAGGCAGAAGGGCUCCUUCGCCAUAACCACCAGACAGGAUCUUGAGGGACCGAUGUUCCGUCACUAUCGCGUACUUCCAAAACCAGAGGGAGGCUUCUACAUUGCUGUGGACAAACCUGUCCACUUUGACUCGCUGCAUGACGUGGUCGCCUACAUGGUGGAAAAAACCGAUGGAUCUUUGACUCCCCUCAACAUCGAGGCUCAUUACGACAAGAACAUCUCUUUUAUUGCAUCUGAUAAUGAAAACGGUGAGAGGACCCAGCGGGCUUUGCUGCCACCAGAGCAUCCCAUCCCAGUUACUGGAAAAGCGAGGAAUGAUGAACCAGAACCAGUCAAAAAUCCUCCUGCUACUGAUAAGAAGGAGGAGAAAGCGUCUGUGACGGAUGGCUGCUCCUCUGGUGAAACUCGACCGGUACCAGAACCGAGGAAACUACCUCCAUGUCCAGCUCCACGAACGUUUGCCCCAACUCAACCGGCUGCCAAACCCGCUUUCCCUACAAAUGCUCCUGAGAAGCCCACGACAGUCUCAAAUCCAGAAAUGGAGAAGCAGAUUCUUCCUGCAGCUUUGUCGGAGCUGAAACUGAGGCUGGGGCAGAAGUCCAAGUUGCGUGUUUAACUUCUUCUACAAUCAUCCUUGUGGACAGAAACACAUUGGAGCAACAAGCAGAGCUGAAUGGAGGCACAUGCAGAUCUGUUCCUGCACGAUAUCAAACAGGAGUCCCGCUCCUCCUCCUCUUCCUCCUCUUCCUCGGUUAGCUGUCUGCAGUAAAGCCUCUCUGCAGAUCAACACCGGAUUGAUUUGCCUCCUCUGGACAUUUAUUAGCAAAUCAAUCGACUGUGACGAUGGCUGGACAAAUUAUCUACUCGUUUCUCUUGUUCAUUUUGCACUUUAGCUAUUGACUAAGCCGCCUCAGACUUUCCGUUAGUGUUUCUUUCCCUCUUACUCUUGGAAUAAAAUGAUAAUCAAUUUAUUUUACAUACUUUUGCCCAGUACAAGUAGGUAAAUACUGUGUGGGUACAAUACGCACACAGUAUUGUAUUAAUACUUAAUACAAAAUGCCAAAAUGCUGUGUGCAAAACAGAAAAUGUGACCGAAAUAAAGGAUGGGAUUCACUUAUUUCAGUGUUUUUCUCUGUGAAUGUAAAGAGCAAAACUCUUUGUCUCAUCAACUUUGAUAUGACAAACUUCUAGUAUGUGCCAUGCAACAUAUAUAAUUUAUAUAUAGUGAAAUAAUCACUUGUAUAGUUUGUAAUCCAUUGUCACAUUUACAUUAUUUUUUGUUACAGCUUCAACUUUUCUGUUGUCUGAAAAAAUAAAAAUGUCCAAAGACAAA